UAUUAUUUUUUUUUUUUUACCAGAAAUUCAGUCAAUGGAGGGUGUUUCAGUGACAACGCUUCAGUGUCAUCAGCAGACCAUGAUUGUGAGAUGACCACAUUGAGACGACCAAAGAAAGGGUUUUGGCAGAGUUUGGAAAAGCGGUCUAAGAAUCAGGUUGUUGACCUUACGGAAGACAGAGCCAGACUGAAUGAAGAGAGCCUGGUUACCCAACCAUCAGAUCAGAAAUCGGAACCUUCAAAACGGGAACAAUCAAAUCCCUCAAGUGCACCACCUAUUGCCAUUAAAGAAGAAAAACAAAGUGUAACGGAGGAGGACCGUGUCAGUUCUUCAGUACAGUUGGAAGAGGAGGACUGGCACUCCAAACUCCAUCCGUUCCCAGAGACUCAGUUUCCCAAAGAGCUUCCGGUUGUAGCUGCAACUUACAACUUGCCCCAGAAGCCAGUGGUGAAACUAGCUCGGAUUGGAAGCGCACAAGAACUAGGCAUCGCGUGGACCGUGGAUCAGAAAGAUCCACAUGUAGCAGAGAUGGAUUGCUACUACAUUUACGUUUCCCACGAAAACAAAAGCGGCACUUUUUCAGGAUGGAAGUGCCUUGGAGAGAUCAAAGCCAUGCCUCUUCCUAUGGCCUGCAAGGUGUCCGACUGCAAAGGAGAUAAACGACUGUGCUUUAUCGUUGUGGGGAAGGAUAUAUUUGGCCGUUAUGGGCCGUACAGUGACAUACGCACUGUGGCAUCAGGACAAAUAUGAUUUGGGCGACAUUUCUCCAGUGUAUGAAUGUGACUCUUUAUACUAGAAUUUAGAGUAUUUAAGAUUUGAAUUUCUUAAAAGAUGUUAAGUUGGGUACAAAUAAAGUUAAAGCUGCUGUUUUUACCUCCAUUUUUGUAUUUCUAGUUUUUUUCUUUCUCUGAAGAAAAUGUUUUUGUUUUGUUUUUUAGUAUCAGAGAAUCCAGAACGUCAUUCCACUUAUAUGAAUCACACUAACACAAAAGUAUUAAAGGAACUGCUGUCUUGUAUUGUUUUUAUUGGCUAUAAAGUUACAAACUGAUUUCAUUUGUCUCUGGUCUUCAUAAUAUGAGGUCUUCAGUGGUUUGAGUCAACAAAGCAAUCAAUAGCCAUAAUAGACAGUGAUGUAACGUAAGCGGCAGAAAACAUUUCAGACGUUUGCUCAUGCUGCUGCAGAAAUGACACUCAAAUGGAAAUAUAGCACUAUAUCAGCCAUUCUCAAAAAUGUCUGACUUACAAAUGUUAAAGUUAUGAAUUCAGUUCCAUUUUCUGCCAUAAAAGAUGAUGGUAGUUGUUUGUUAAUAUCUUCAUUUUUUACUUGAUGCCCUCUUUUUUUCAUUUCACAGAUGGAGCAAGUUUUGUAACAAUUGGGACAGAUACAUUUUCUUAAAAUAGUGUGUAGCAUCUGAAAGCAGAACAAAUUACAAUUAUAUUUUUCAGUAAUUAUUCACAGAGUUGUUUACACAAACAUAAAAAAGGUUACACCAAUAACAUGUAAAUGAAGUGGGCAAAAAGGUACAUUUAUACCUUAAUAUUUUGAAAAGGGGAAUUGUCUGAACACAUUUGAGCAGCCUCGCCUUCUGUUGAAUGUUAAGCUUCAAAGUACUGUUCCACAACAAUUUCAUUUUGAGAACACUAUUUUCAACACUGAAUGACAUUAAGAUUACUAUGAUAAAGAACACUAGAUUGUUAUUAUUAGUGACUUUGUUUUGCACACUUUGUAUCUUGCAUUAAUGCUUAAUAAUGCUC